AUGAUAGUCUCGAGUACAAUUUGUCUACUUCUACUGCCGCUUCUGCCCGCGGCUCUCGCUAUUGAAGAUGCCGAAUCCCCCCAGCCACCAAGUGGAUUCCUGCGAUACACCUUUUCUCAAGGUUAUUGUAGAUUUGGUGCGUUUCCGAACGAUGCUAGUACACAAGUAUCGCACGAUUUGAGGAUACUCGACGAAGGUAUCGAUUGCUUGCCCGACUUGGGCAUCACAUCCUCGGAGCCUAAUAAAACUGUCAGCCAUACUAGUCUCCUGGAGACUGCGCUUGAAAUGAAUUGGAAAAACGAAAUCGAGUCUAACAACCAAGGCAUUGCUUGGAGUUUUUGGUUUCAGACGCCAACUCGAAUACCUGCACAGAAAUCACAGUCCAUUCUGACACUUAAACGACGGUUGUCGUCGGCAUCGUCCUUUGAAAGUAACGCGUGCGACAACGGUAGAUUUGACUUCCAAAUAAACCAGGUUGGCCCGCAUCUGGAAAUCUUCUAUCGCACAUCCCGUUCGCGCUACGAGCCUUGCCAGCGAUAUGUCGAGGAAAACGCGUUCCGCGAAACGGGUCAACUUGUUCAUGUUGCCGCCACCUUUGCAAAUGAAGAGCAAAUAUUUUACUUGAAUGGACAGAUACUGCAUAUGUUUCAAGAGCCGUUCGAAAGCAACCUUACGCACUGGCUUGGAUCAAAAGUGUCUCUCUUCGAAACAAGAGAUCUUUGGAGAGGGCAUGUAUUUCAGAUAUCAGCCUACAAUAGGGCCCUUUCACAGGCAGAAGUCAUGCUUGUCUUGAAAAACGGUCUACCCCAAACGCCACCCCGGGCAGCUCCUUUUUCUAUCACAAUCAACGAGGAUGCCGAAUUUGGGGACGGAGGAUCCCAUGACGUGACAUGGUACCGGCAAAUGCCGUCUUUCGCCGAUGCGGAGACAAUACAGCUUGAGGAUUUUUCCGUCACAGCUCGGGCUGAUGAAUUGCUCUCAAAGUACAAUCUGACUUCCAUUGCUGUACCAAGAUCUACUCGUGCUUUCAUCACUCGUCUUCCGCUCACAGGGCGCCUGUACCAAGUUGACGGAACGCCUAUAGGAGGUGACGGAAGCUUCAAAGAGCUGAAUAAUUCAGUAUUGAUUGCAAUUGUGUCAGAUAGUCUUCCUUUGAGAGUCAUGUACUUGCCGCCAUUUAAUGCCCAUUCUAUCCCAGGAGAUGCACAAAAACCUGAAGAAUUUGCCGCAUUUCAGUACUGCUUGUCCAACGCACCUAUAUUUCAUGGCUCACAGUGCACUUCUGCAAUCGUACGAAUCCGAGUCCGGUCUAUCAAUGAUCCUCCUGUGGCCACUGCUUUCCUUGAGAAUGUCAGUAUAUACGAAGGAGUGGAAGACCUUAAUAGUCCCAAAAUGCAUCUGACAGGCUCUGAUGUUGACGCAGGCGAUACAAUUCGCAGGGUAGAAAUCACCCAGACCCCAAAGUUUGGGCACCUAGUUCUAAGUGUUGGGAAGUUUCGAAUCGACAAGAUCAUGCACGGAGCAAACUUAUCGGACAUUGGACUCAGCAUCUAUGCUGACGGUGACGACAACGGCGCUUUCAUAAAAUACGUAUGGGAUCCUCUUUUAUUCGAUGGAGUGCUUCAAGGGUCGGAAUUAUCGUCUCCUCAUGACUCUUUUGCAUUUCGUGUUGCCGAUGAGGCUGGAGCUUGGUCCAUUCCGGAGACCGUCAGCCUUCAUGUCAAAUCGGCUCUCGUAGGGCAUGCAGUCAACGUGAAACCGACCGCGGAGGACUCUCGGGUAUCCGACAAUAUCCGGUUGCUUGCAUAUGAUCGGUCUGGAUAUCGUCGGCAGAUUGGUUACUUCAUGGACACAGUUCCGACCGAAGAGGAGGGGGUGUUGCUGUCUGGCGCAUCCGGCUCUGUGAUGAAGUCGGGAGCAAUUUUUAAUGCGGAGGAUACUCUUGCUUGUAGAGAUGCAACAGAUAUUGCUUUUGGAAUGUCCUCGAGUGUAGCAGCGAUUGCUUUUGGAACAUCCUCGGACGCAACAGAAGAGAUUCCUUGUAUCCAUUUGGCAGAUCUCACAUUUAUUCCAUCGAAGGAUUACUGCAAUAGCCAUCUUUCUUCGAUGGUUGAAUUCCACUUCCGCGUAAUCGCUUUUGGUGACGACGGAACAUUCUCUAGUGUUUCAGAUGCCGUUGUGCACCGGAUUGCUGUCAAAUGCAAGAUCGAUACACUAGAAGUUUUCGUUCCAACACAAACAUUCAAUGUACCUCAGCAGACGCUGCAAAGAGCGUCAUCUUCAGUGUGUGGCGAGUACAAAACGGCCUUUCUAGAAAGCCAAGCAUCGGAAUGUGAAAACGUCGUCACUUUGAGCGGAAUCGAAGUCUUCAGUAUAGACGAGCAUCAAGAAGAAGUGCGUGUGGCUAUUCACUCGAGUCUUGGAUUCCUCUCCUUCGGCGAUAGAUUCUGGAACCGCACUUCUCCACUUUCCGGAAGACGGGCGCUCUCCACAGGAGAAAUUGUCUUUGUUGCCUAUCCGGCAGACUUGACCAGUAUCUUUUCUAGCCUUCGAUUUGGAAGUUUCUAUGCCGGCAAUCAUACUGUUCAUAUAACGUUCACCUACGGUAAUUGCGAUGGCGUGCUGACUAAAUCUCGAGAUGCCAAUCAAACUUCUAGUUGUCAGGUAACCGAUCGAGUGCUCUUUGUACAAGUGGAAAAUUACGCUCACAGCAGAAUCACAACAACAAAUUUGGUUCCUACAUUUCCUUGGCAAAUUCUUCUGUGCUUAUUUGGAUAUCCCGCCCUAUAUUAUUUGGUGUUAUACUUGGAAUCUCUUGUGUCAAACCCGGACGAUGAAACUGCUUCAGCGGAACCCGAUUACCAGAAUGAGCUGCCCGUAUGGAAACAACACCGAACGCAAGAUGCUGAGUUUUAUUACGAAAAUACAAGUAAUGGAACGACAACAUGGAUGGCUCCAGUAGGAGAGGCGUAUUUUCCUUGGGAAAGUGGCGAAGAGGAAAAGGAUGAAUGUUGA